AUGGAAUAUGAGAAGUUUUGGAGCGACCCAGAAAAUGUCGAAACCGUGCUUCGACAAAAGGUCCAGCUCGUUAUCGCCAUUGGAACGUCCAUUCACCGAGGUACUAUUAACAGAACAGAUACCUGCUCAAUGGUGCGUCAGUGGCUAUACACCGCGCAGGAAUGGCUGUCUGGGCCUCUGAAAAAGGAUCGGAUCAGCAUCGCCAGUCUACAGGUGCAGUGUCUACUGAUCCUGGCUCGACAGGUUCUUGCCGUGGGCGGGGAUAUCGUCUGGAUAUCGAUGGGGACAGUUGUUCGGAUGGCCAUGCAAAUGGGCCUUCACCGUGACCCGAAGCAUUUCAAGGGGAUGGGUAUUCUUGACGGAGAAGUUCGUCGAAGGCUCUGGGCCACCAUCUUGGAACUGAAUAUCCAAGCGGCUUUGGAUGCCGGAGUGCCACCUACUCUAUCCUUAGGUGACUUUGAUACCGAGGCUCCUUCCAACGUCAACGACAAGGACAUUAAUGAGCAGACUGAGACCCUCCUGGAGCGUCCCACAACGGCAACGGAUUCAUCCCUUCAGCGUUUCUUGUUUCAGUCUCUGCGCCCAAGGUUGGAAAUCGCCCGUCGCCUGAACGGUAUUACAUACGCCCUGUCAGAAACAUCAUACAACGAGCUCGUCGCUCUGACCACCUCAAUUACUAGAAUUUGCCGAAACUGCGGUGCUCUUAUCCCCAGAAAUAACGAUCCCGACAUUGUCUCCUUCCACAGCAACUUUGCAGAUCUUCUUCUCCGGCGCUUUCUACUUCACCUCCAUCGGCCCCUUGCUGGCCGGGCCCGAAGUAAUCCAAUAUAUUAUUUCUCCAGAAAGCUGAGCCUCGAUGCCGCCAUGGCCAUACUGUCGCCAGUCUCCAAGAAUGCGGAGUUCGCGCAUCUCGUGCUCCAAGGAGCCGGGAUAUUCAAGAACCGAAUGAUCCACGCGUCCCUGGCUGUAGCGUCGGAGUUACUGAUGGAAGUGGAAGAGCAAGGGCCGGGAGAGUACCACUUGUCUUCGCAGGAACCUUCUGGUUACAGAACGAUGUUGAUGGACGCGUUGAGAGAGGCGCUUCGGCAGUCCACCGAGCGGAUCCGACUUGGAGAGACGAAUGUCAAGCUCCAUAUGAAGUUGAGUAUGGCUUUUCGUCAGACAGAAGUGGCAGGCGAGAAUUCAUCAUUCAUUCAACAGUUGGCCCAGAGCGCCAAAGAGAGCCUGGAAGCCUCCUACUCAAUUAUUCAGGAGCGAGCAACUUCUAACGGAGUUGACAUGGAGUCUAGGGGAAACCCGGAAAUGUCUGACGUCUUCGAUCCCAAUGACUUCGACCCAACGAACUUGACCUUUGGCUCCAAUUUUAGCCUUGAUGACCUAUUUUUCAUUCCCGCCGAUUUUGAUCUGGAUGGCGUGGCUAGAUCUGCUCAUGUUUAA